UGGACAGGCGGGGGUUGGGGGUUUCGCGGAUUGGUCCCGGCUGGGAGCUCAGCUGUGUGGAGCGCACCAGGACCCGGAGCCGGCGGCCUGAGGGAUGGACGAAACGAGCCCACUGGUGUCCCCCGAGCGGGCCCAACCCCCGGACUACACCUUCCCGUCCAGCUCGGGCGCUCACUUUCCGCAGGUGCCGGGGGGCGCGGUCCGAGUGGCGGCUGCGGCCGGCCCGGCCCCCUCUCCACCGGGCUCGCCAGGCCACGAUCGGGAGCGGCAACCACUGCUGGAUCGGGCUCGGGGCGCGGCGGCCCAAGGCCAGACCCAAACCGUGGCGGCGCAGGCCCAAGCCCUGGCCGCCCAGGCGGCGGCGGCGGCGGCGCACGCCGCGCAGGCCCACCGCGAGCGGAACGAGUUCCCGGAGGACCCCGAGUUCGAGGCGGUGGUGCGGCAGGCCGAGCUGGCCAUCGAACGCUGCAUCUUCCCCGAGCGCAUCUACCAGGGCUCCAGCGGAAGCUACUUCGUCAAGGACCCUCAGGGGAAGAUCAUUGCUGUCUUCAAACCCAAGAACGAAGAGCCAUAUGGGCACCUUAAUCCUAAGUGGACCAAGUGGCUGCAGAAACUAUGCUGUCCCUGCUGCUUUGGCCGUGACUGCCUUGUCCUCAACCAGGGCUAUCUCUCAGAGGCAGGGGCCAGUCUGGUGGACCAAAAACUGGAACUCAACAUUGUACCCCGUACAAAGGUAGUAUACCUGGCCAGUGAUACCUUCAACUAUAGUGCCAUUGACCGAGUGAAGUCCAGGGGCAAGCGGCUUGCUCUAGAAAAAGUGCCAAAAGUUGGGCAGCGGUUUAAUCGCAUCGGGCUACCGCCAAAGGUUGGUUCAUUCCAGCUCUUUGUUGAAGGCUACAAAGAUGCAGACUACUGGCUACGGCGUUUCGAAGCAGAGCCUCUCCCAGAGAACACUAACCGGCAGCUACUGCUGCAGUUCGAGCGGCUGGUGGUGCUGGACUACAUCAUCCGCAACACCGAUCGAGGCAAUGACAACUGGCUGAUUAAAUAUGACUGUCCAAUGGAUAGUUCUAGCUCUCGGGACACAGACUGGGUAGUGGUGAAGGAGCCUGUGAUCAAGGUGGCUGCCAUAGACAACGGGCUGGCUUUCCCCCUGAAACAUCCUGACUCCUGGAGGGCAUAUCCCUUUUACUGGGCCUGGUUGCCCCAGGCAAAAGUCCCGUUCUCUCAGGAGAUCAAAGAUCUGAUUCUUCCAAAGAUAUCGGACCCUAACUUCGUCAAGGACUUGGAGGAGGACCUAUAUGAACUCUUCAAGAAAGAUCCUGGUUUCGACAGGGGCCAGUUCCAUAAGCAGAUUGCUGUCAUGCGGGGACAGAUCCUAAAUCUGACCCAGGCCCUGAAAGACAACAAGAGUCCCCUGCACCUUGUCCAGAUGCCACCCGUGAUUGUCGAGACAGCCCGUUCUCACCAGCGGUCUUCUAGCGAGUCCUACACACAGAGCUUUCAGAGUCGGAAGCCCUUCUUUUCGUGGUGGUAGCCCAAGAGGCAGACAAAGACAUGUUGUUCGAGACUUGGGCUGGGAGGAAGCCUGGGGAACAGGUUGCCGGAAAAGACAGAGAAGUCGAUGGGGAGCAGUGCCCUUAAGAGCCCUUCUUCUCUGCUCGCCACCCCCUCAGGGCUUUCCCAAGCACAGGGAGAAGCACAAUUGGAGGGACUGUGCGCUAUUGGGCCCUUCUGAGUGCUAGGGAGGGCUGGAGCCUCCAUGCGAGUGAGGAGUCCAGAGGGCCCAGAAGGAGCAUCUCCCAGCAUCCCCUGGGGGCAGGCUGGGAAAUCCCCUUCCCUCCCUGACACCCUGCUCUGUGGCAAUUCCUCAUUAUAUUCUGCAUCAGAAAACGAACACACAAAUACGAAUUUAAAUAUUAGUAGCAAAACCCAGGCAGAAUCCCAGAUCCUCUCAGGUCAGAAGCCUCUGAUCCAGACCUAAAUUUGCAUGGACCCAGACACUCAGGUGCCUCGCAGUUCCUUAACUCCCGUGGACCAAGGCGGCGGGGUGAUUCAGAGAGCCACUGGGUGACUCACCAGCUGGGACAGACAGAAGCCACGCUUUUCCUUUGGGUUUUUGCCAAGUUUUCUUCCCCUUCUCCCACCAGUGCAAUAGGCUGACUUAAUGCCUCCCAACCCAGUUCUCAUGGCCAGGACACUUAUGCUCCAGAACUCUCAGUGGUUCUGCAUAUGAUCAGAGAUUGGCUCUGCUGUCUGCCCUGCUAAGAAUGCAGGCUCCCUAGUCCAGGCUUAUAGUUUACCCACUAUUUAGGCAAAGGCAAGAGGGAGGAAGCGGCCUCCCUAGCAUGCAGAAGUGAUCCAUUUGGCCUAAGUGCAUGCUGGGAGCUGUAAUUGGUCUCUGGGUAAACUUAUCCCAGCCUUGCUUCCUGAGCCCUGGUGAUAAACUCCCCCUGGUCCUCAAAUUUGCUGGUCCUUUCUGUUGUUAGAUUUUUUUUUUUCUCCACACUUUUGAUUAGGGGUUCAAUUCUGGGUUCUGGAGUGGGUCUCAGUGAAGAACAUCUCAGCUCAUGAGAGGACAGGAUAUUAGGUCCCUGGACUUUGUAUGCUACCACUGCUGCUUGGUGGAGGUAACGGGACCCAUAUUCUCUUCCUGGUCGGUAGGUUCCCUUUGCUCCCUGACUUCUUGUUCCAGGCCAGUUUUUCUCUGGCUUCUUGAGAAGGGCAGGGCCCAGAGGAGAAAGGCCUUCAAACUGUCCCCCAGUGCCUGCCCAGCUCAGUGUGCAUCUUCCAGCUUCCACGUCUCUUUCCCUCAGCUGUCCCCCUUGCCAGGUGUCUGAGCCCUUUCUACACCAAAGCAAAGAAUGGCCUCAGGAGGGAGCGAAGAGGGUGCCAUCUGUGGCUAAGGGGCAGUUCUGUGCUACUGGACACUUCAAGAUUCUGGCAUCCUGCGACUGAUCAAUCAGCCUUGGAAAGAAACUAUCUUGAAGGUUUGAAAAACAACCAAAGAAAGGGAGCAAGGACUAUGGCUGUGUGCCCUCUGCUUGCCCAGCUCCCGCUGCCCAGGAGACAGCAGAGAUGUGCAGUCCUCUUGUCAGCUGGGCCAAGUCGGUCCCUGCGUCCCAGCCCCCAGGAGCUAGUUUGUGCUGGGGUUCCCUCCAGCUGACAGGAAGAGUCUCUGGCAGCUGGAUAUGCAUGCACUGUGGACAAAGACACAGCUCUUAGCCCUGACAAUCUCAUUCGGCCGACCUGGAAUCUGGCCUUGGGGACCAUGUUUGAGAUAGUGCCUGCGCUCAGACUGUGGGUGCAGCAGGGCUCCCAGAGGUCAGAGGGGACCCGGGUGUGUUUAGCUCUCCAGGGACCUCUCUAUACAGACAUGUUGGUAAAGCUUCCCAGCUGGGUGUUGAGAGAGCCCAAGCAGUCUUAGAGGAAGCUGGUUGCUUCCCCCAACCAAGUAGGUCUGCACAUCGCCCUCAUGCAGACCAGCUCUGUGAUGAGAAGGAAAUUGGGUCCAACGUACAAGGGGGGCCGGUCCCGGUCCUGGUAGGCAAGAGUGUGGGGCAUCCUUUCUUGGCAUGUCUCCAUUCUCCUUGAAGUCUGUACUCAGGUUGCCUUGAAUGUGGACAUGGGGAGAGCCAGGGCCCAAAGUGCCAGGGUAGGCUUCUGGGUGGCACUCACAGGACAGCCCAACCCCUCUGCCAGCCCCAGGCCCUGUGCCCGUGUCAUGGAGGUGAGGCCAGGCUGGGAGAGUGCUGCUGCCUGUGUUCUUCCAAGGCACUGUAGAACUUGUAUGUAAUGUAUUUAAAUCAAUGCAAAUGUAUGAAUAACAAGUCCAAUUCUGACCUUUUUUGUCUAAUGUUCUUGAGUGAAAGGAAGACAAGUUGGAAUGCAGUUUUAAAGACAAAGAACCAUGUGUUUCCAUGGAGUUGCUGACGGAUGGCUCCUGAGUUAUACAGGUCCUAACUUCCAAAGUCCCAGUGCUUAAUAUUUUCAUUAACUCAUUUGACACCAAAACGUGACCUGAACCUACACUGGUGUGAACUGAAGCUAUUUGUAACCAUCGUGUUUUCCUCUUAGUGUGUAUAUUUGUUGCAGAAAUAUUAAUGUUUUGUUAUGAGAUAUUUCCCUCCUAGGGAUUAUGCAGUAUUUGCACUGACUACUUCCUAAAAGCUGAAAAAAUUCUGAAUAACAAAGUCAUCUAGCCCUGUUUGGAAUGAGGAA